AUAUAGUCAUAUGUAUGUAUGAAGUGAGAGUUCGAUAAAUAUACACACUUGUCAAAUUGAUCUGCAAUGGCCGGAAUAAAAGGUUAUUCGGCAUGUUCUUGAUCGUCUGAUAUGCGAUUUUUCACUUUGUGAAAUUUCGAAGAAAUGGCAUCAACGGGAGGAAGUUUCUAUAUAAACUGUGAAACGCGAUAUGAAAUAUCGAAACAUAACCUUCUUGCUUUAAUUGUCACUGUCAAAAAUUUGUAUAUACUUCAAUUUUUGCUUUAAAUUUCAUAAUUUAAAUAUAUCUGUUUUUCAAUGUCGAACGAAAGUGUAUCAUAUUUAUACUAUUUAAUUCGUCAUAAUUAUAGUCAACUUCGUCGUGUUCAACAUGAUAUUAAAAAAUUGGUUCUUCUGGCAUUCUCAGGCUCUAUUGGUAUGACAUUAGUCAUCCUUGGUUGUGCAUUACCACAAUAUGAAGUAUGGUGGCCAUUUUUUGUAGUUUUAUUCUAUGUAUUGGCACCAAUUCCAACAAUAAUUGCACGUCGUUAUACAGAAGACCCAGCAAGUAAUAGUAAUCCAUGUUUAGAGUUGGCAAUAUUUAUUACAAUAGGAUUUGUUGUAUCUUCAUUUGCUCUUCCUAUUGUAUUGGCACGAGCACCUGAUGAAAAUCCAGUUAUACAUUGGGGUGCCUGCUAUUUAACUUUAGCAGGGAACGUUAUUGUUUACUUGACUUUAGUUGGAUUUUUUGUAACUUUUGAACAAGAUGAUGUAGAUUAUAAUAUGUGGUGAAGUGAUACUUUAUUGUACUUACAAAAAAGGUUUUCUAUGAGAUCAUUGAGAGAAAGAGAGAGAUAAAGAAAAUCAUGCAAUGUGCUGACUAACAGCUAUGUGUUAAUACUAAAACAAUAUAAACCUAUUGUACACUAUUUACAUAAUAUGAAAAAAUCGAUUUUAUUAUAGCAUAGUUGAUAUUGAUAUUAUAUCAACUAGUAUAAUAAUAAUGCACUAAUAUUAGAGAACAUGAUGGCAUAAUACAGCUUGAUGAUCAAAUUAUAAAUUUUAAUCUAAGAAUAACACACUUGUCAUAUAAGAAACAUAUAUCUUUUUAUUGAUAGAAUUAUCAAAAAAUGUAACAAUGCAAGGAUAUAUGAAGUAUAUAUAUAACUUUUAUAUAUAUACAUAUAUAUAUAUAUAUAUAUAUAUAUAUAUAUAUAUAUAUAAGUUUUAUUUUUUAUUUAAUAUAAGAAAAAACCUUCAUAAUUAUAAUAAUAAUAAAAUUAAAGUUUAUUAUUUGUUGUUAUAUCUUAUGCUAUCCUAUAAAAAUAAAAUUCGCCUAGGUACAGAGGUGAUUAAUAAAAAUUUCUUAUUAAA